AUGGUAAGGACUCAAAGAGAUGAGAAAAAUCAGUCCAUCAUAGUCAGCGGGGAGUCUGGAGCUGGGAAGACCGUGUCAGCCAAGUAUUCCAUGCGCUAUUUCGCCACCGUUGGUGGUUCAGCCAGUGACACCAACAUUGAAGAGAAGGUCCUAGCAUCUAGUCCCAUCAUGGAGGCCAUUGGCAAUGCGAAAACCACGCGCAAUGACAACAGCAGUCGUUUUGGGAAGUACAUUCAGAUUGGCUUCGACAAAAGGUACCACAUCAUUGGGGCCAACAUGAGGACCUACCUGUUGGAGAAGUCCAGAGUGGUCUUCCAGGCAGAUGAUGAGAGGAAUUACCACAUCUUUUACCAGCUCUGUGCUGCUUCCAGUCUUCCAGAAUUUAAAGAGCUAGCACUGACAUGUGCAGAGGACUUUUUCUACACCUCCCAGGGAGGAGACACGUGCAUCGAGGGUGUAGACGAUGCAGAGGACUUCGAGAAGACACGACAAGCCUUCACACUGCUUGGCGUGAGAGAGUCCCAUCAGAUGAGCAUCUUCAAGAUAAUUGCAUCCAUCCUGCACCUGGGAAGCGUGGAGAUUCAGUCUGAGCGUGAUGGGGAUUCCUGUAGUAUAUCACCCCAAGAUGAACACCUGAGCAACUUCUGCCGCCUGCUGGGAGUGGAGCAGAGUCAGAUGGAGCACUGGCUGUGCCACCGCAAGCUGGUCACCACCUCAGAGACCUACGUAAAGACCAUGUCCCUUCAGCAGGUGGUGAAUGCCCGCAAUGCCCUGGCCAAGCACAUCUAUGCCCAGCUGUUCGCCUGGAUCGUGGAGCACAUCAACAAGGCGCUGCACACUUCCCUCAAGCAGCACUCGUUCAUCGGCGUCCUAGACAUCUAUGGGUUUGAGACCUUUGAAGUGAACAGCUUUGAGCAGUUUUGUAUUAACUAUGCCAACGAGAAGCUCCAGCAGCAGUUCAACUUGCAUGUGUUCAAACUGGAACAAGAAGAAUACAUGAAGGAGCAGAUUCCCUGGACCUUGAUUGAUUUUUAUGACAACCAACCCUGCAUUGAUCUCAUAGAAGCCAAGCUGGGGAUCCUGGACCUGCUGGAUGAAGAGUGUAAGGUCCCUAAAGGCACUGACCAGAACUGGGCGCAGAAGCUGUAUGACCGGCACUCCAGCAGCCAGCACUUCCAGAAGCCACGCAUGUCUAACACCGCUUUCAUUGUUGUGCACUUCGCUGACAAGGUAGAGUAUCUUUCGGAUGGUUUCCUGGAGAAAAACAGAGACACGGUGUACGAAGAACAGAUCAACAUCCUGAAAGCCAGCAAGUUCCCGUUAGUGGCUGACCUAUUCCAUGAUGACAAGGACCCUCCCGCUGCCACCACCACUUCUGGCAAGGGAUCGUCUGCAAAGAUCAACAUUCGCUCUGCCAGACCCCCUCUGAAGACCUCCAACAAGGAGCACAAGAAGACCGUGGGUCACCAGUUCCGCACCUCCCUGCACCUGCUCAUGGAGACCUUGAAUGCUACGACGCCACACUACGUCCGCUGCAUCAAGCCCAACGAUGAGAAGCUGCCCUUCCACUUUGACCCAAAGAGAGUGGUGCAGCAGCUCAGAGCCUGCGGGGUGCUGGAGACGAUUCGCAUCAGUGCAGCUGGCUACCCAUCCAGGUGGGCAUACCAUGACUUCUUCAACCGGUACCGGGUACUGGUCAAGAAGCAGGAGCUUGCCAACACGGACAAGAAGGCCAUCUGCAGGUCCGUCCUGGAGAACCUCAUCAAGGACCCUGACAAGUUCCAGUUUGGCCGCACCAAGAUUUUCUUCCGGGCAGGCCAGGUGGCCUACCUGGAGAAGCUGCGAGCUGACAAGUUCCGGGCUGCCACCAUCAUGAUCCAGAAGACCGUGCGUGGCUGGCUGCAGAGGGUGAAGUACCACAGGCUGAAGGGGGCUGCCUUGACCCUACAGAGGCAUUGUCGAGGAUACCUGGCCCGCAGGCUGGCUGAGCACCUGCGGAGGACCAGGGCAGCCAUAGUACUACAGAAGCAGUACCGCAUGCGGAGGGCGCGUCAGGCCUACCAGAGGGUGCGCCAGGCCGCCAUCGUCAUCCAGGCCUUUACCCGGGGCAUGUUCGUGCGCAAGAUCUACCACCAGGUCCUCACAGAGCACAAGGCCACCAUCAUCCAGAAACACACGCGAGGCUGGAUGGCACGCAGACGUUUCCAGCAGCUGCGAGCCGCGGUCAUCGUCAUCCAGUGUGCCUUCCGGAGGCUGAAGGCCAAGCGGGAGCUCAAGGCCCUCAAGAUUGAGGCCCGCUCAGCCGAGCACCUGAAGCGCCUCAACGUGGGCAUGGAGAACAAGGUGGUGCAGCUGCAGCGCAAGAUCGAUGACCAGAACAAAGAGUUCAAGACCCUGUCGGAGCAGCUGUCGACGGUCACCUCAAUGCACGCCGUAGAGGUGGAGAAACUGAAGAAGGAGCUGGCACACUAUCAGCAGAGCCAGGACGGGGACGCCAGUCUGCGGCUGCAGGAGGAGGUGCAGAGCCUGCGCUCGGAGCUGCAGAAGGCACACUCGGAGCGCCAGGUCCUGGAGGAUGCCCACAGCAAGGAGAAAGACCAGCUGAGAAAGCGUGUAGCAGAUCUAGAGCAAGAAAACGCUCUCUUGAAAGAUGAGAAAGAACAGCUUAACAACCAGAUCCUGGGCCGGUCUAAAGAUGAAUCUGCCCAGAGCUCCAUGAAGGAGAAUCUGAUGAAGAAGGAGCUGGAGGAGGAACGGUCCCGGUACCAGAACCUGGUGAAGGAGUACUCCCGACUGGAGCAGAAAUACGACAACCUGCGAGACGAGAUGGCCACUCUGAAGCAAACCCCAGGCCACAGGCGGAAUCCGUCAAACCAAAGUAGCUUAGAAUCCGACUCCAAUUACCCCUCCAUCUCCACAUCUGAGGUCGGAGACGCCGAGGAUGCCCUCCAGCAGGUGGAGGAGAUUGGCCUGGAGAAGGCAGCCAUGGACAUGACGGUCUUCCUGAAGCUGCAGAAGAGAGUGCGGGAGCUGGAGCAGGAGCGGAAGAAGCUGCAGGUGCAGCUGGAGAAGAGAGAGCAGCAGGACAGCAGAAAGGUCCAGGCAGAGCAACCAAAGAAUGACUUGGAUUUGGACCAGGAUGCAGAUCUAGCCUACAACAGUCUGAAGAGGCAGGAGCUGGAGUCAGAGAACAAGAGGCUGAAGAAUGACCUGAACGAGCUGAGGAAAGCCGUGGCAGACCACGCCGCCCAGGACAACUCCACACGCAGCUCCCCUGAUGGUUAUAGCCUCCUGCUGAACCAGCUCAGGCUGGCCAACGAGGAGUUGGAGGUGCGCAAGGAGGAGGUGCUCAUCCUUAGGACGCAGAUCGUGAGUGCCGACCAGCGCCGGCUGGCUGGCAGGAACUUGGAGCCCAACAUUAAUGCCAGAACAAGCUGGCCCAACAGCGAGAAGCAUGUGGACCAGGAAGAUGCCAUUGAGGCCUAUCACGGUGUCUGCCAGGCAAACAGCAAGACUGAGGAUUGGGGCUAUUUGAAUGAAGAUGGAGAACUCGGCCUGGCCUACCAAGGCCUAAAGCAAGUUGCCAGGUUGCUGGAAGCACAGCUACAGGCCCAGAGCCUGGAGCAUGAGGAGGAGGUGGAACGGCUGAAGGCCCAGGUGGAAGCCCUGAAGGAGGAGAUGGACCGACAGCAGCAGACCUUCUCACAGACACUGCUGCUCUCCCCAGAGGCCCAGGUGGAGUUUGGUGUCCAGCAGGAGAUGUCCCGGCUGACCAAUGAGAAUCUGGACUUCAGAGAACUGGUCGAAAAGCUGGAGAAGAAUGAGAGGAAGCUCAAGAAGCAGCUGAAGAUUUACAUGAAGCGAGUCCAGGACCUGGAAGCUGUGCAAGCAUUGGCCCAGAAUGACAGGAAGCACCAUGAGCUCACCAGGCAGGUCACGGUGCAGCGGAAGGAGAAGGACUUCCAGGGCAUGCUGGAGUACCACAAGGAGGACGAGGCACUCCUCAUUCGGAACCUGGUGACAGACCUGAAGCCCCAGGUGCUGUCGGGCACUGUGCCCUGCCUCCCUGCGUACAUCCUCUACAUGUGCAUCAGGCAUGCAGACUACACCAACGACGACGUCAAGGUGCACUCCCUGCUGACCUCCACCAUCAACGGCAUCAAGAAAGUCCUCAAGAAGCACAAUGAUGACUUUGAGAUGACGACGUUCUGGCUGUCCAACACCUGUCGCCUCCUUCACUGCUUGAAGCAGUACAGCGGGGAUGAGGGCUUCAUGACUCAGAACACGGCGAAGCAGAAUGAACACUGUCUGAAGAACUUUGACCUCACAGAGUAUCGACAGGUGCUGAGCGACCUCUCCAUCCAGAUCUACCAGCAGCUCAUUAAGAUUGCCGAGGGCCUACUGCAACCCAUGAUAGUUUCUGCCAUGUUGGAGAAUGAGAGCAUCCAGGGUCUCUCUGGCGUGAAGCCCACGGGCUACCGGAAGCGCUCCUCCAGCAUGGUGGAUGGAGAAAACACCUACUGCCUAGAGGCCAUCAUCCGCCAGAUGAAUGCCUUCCAUGGGGUCAUGUGCGACCAGGGCCUGGACCCCGAGAUCAUCCAGCAGGUGUUCAAGCAGCUCUUCUAUGUGAUCAAUGCGGUGACACUCAACAACCUGCUCUUGCGGAAAGACGUGUGCUCUUGGAGCACAGGCAUGCAACUCAGGUACAACAUCAGCCAACUUGAAGAGUGGCUGCGGGGAAGGAACCUUCACCAGAGUGGGGCAGUUCAGACCCUCGAGCCUCUGAUCCAGGCAGCCCAGCUCCUGCAGCUGAAGAAGAAAACUCAGGAGGACGCGGAGGCCAUCUGCUCCUUGUGUACCUCCCUCAGCACCCAACAGAUUGUCAAAAUCUUGAAUCUUUAUACUCCCCUGAAUGAAUUUGAAGAACGGGUAACAGUGGCCUUUAUACGAACAAUCCAGGCACAACUGCAAGAUCGGAACGACCCGCAGCAAUUGCUGUUAGACUUCAAACACAUGUUCCCUGUUUUGUUUCCAUUUAACCCAUCCUCUCUGACCAUGGACUCCAUCCAUAUCCCAGCUUGUCUCAACCUGGAGUUCCUCAAUGAAGUUUGAAGGCAUAGACUUCCAACAUGAACUUCAGUCCCAGUGAGAGCAAAAAGGAAGUAUAUGCAGAAAAGUGAAUUCAGGGAUCUAUUUAAGGUGAGGAAGAUGGGUCAAAUCAGAGCCUGGCAGCCUGUGGAGAGCACUGAACUACACAGAAAAAACCACGCCCACGUCGUCAUUUUUCGUACCUACUUCUCAGAACAAAAACACUUGAAAUACGCAAGAUUUUUAAGGUGGAUUGCAGUCUAAACAAACACAUAUAAUCUACAACCAAUACCAAGAAGUCCCCAUGGCCAUAUAAAAGAUGCCAGUUCUAUAAAAAAUGGAAGUUGCCUAAUUUUGCUAUUUGCAUAUAACUGGAGAAUGUCAGUUAAAACAAUAUUAAAAGAUAUAUAAGUCAUGUGAAUUGCCUUUAAAUGACUUUUAAUGAAUAAAGGUACUGCUAACUUUGA